AUGAAUGAAUUCAAGGCUGAGGCAACCAACGUCUUCGAUGUGGCAUACAAUCAAUUGCCCUUCUUGGUCAAAGUCAUGCUACACAGAUGCGGGAACGAAUCUUACCUCUUGGUUCAGGAUGUGGCGGCCAGUCUAUCAUGUCAUGAACUACGUGUCGUGGAAUGGCUCGCCCCGUUGGAAUGUGACUCCGACGAGGGUACAUACCCUGAGCUCGAGUUCAGGUUUGAUGCUACGAACCAUCCGCUUCAUGGCCUUGCCACACUGGUGACACGUGCGGAGAGGGCAACUUUGAACAUCUAUAAUGGAGAUUUCUCUGGACUCACCAUGACUGGGCUCUUUUUUUUCAUUGUGUGGCCUCACCAGUGA